GAAGCAGAGCAUCUCUCCCCGAGCCCAGGAGCACACGGGAAUCCCCCCAGCACAGACGGCUGCACAAAGGUGCUCCGGAGGCCUCCGCAAUGCCUGCCUCUGCCUCUCAGCCCCCUCUUCCUUGUGCUUUCCUGCUGCUGAUGCUAUUGCUGCAACUCACAGCAGCGGCAGCACAGGAGGAGCUGCAGGUGACUCAGCCUGACCGGUGGGUGUCGGUGGCAGAGGGAGACGCGGCCACUCUGCGCUGCACCGUAAACACCUUGCGGCCCGUGGGGCCCAUGAAGUGGUUCAGGGGGGCUGGGCCAGACCGGAAGAUGAUCUACAACUUCAAGGGAGACCCAGACUCCCGAGUCACAAACGCCUCAGACACCACAAACAGAAACAACAUGGACUUUUCCAUCCGCAUCCGUGACAUCACCCCAGCUGACGCCGGCACCUACUACUGCGUCAAGUUCCUGAAGAAGGGUGCCGAUGACGAGGAGUUUAAGUCUGCAGGAGGCACGCAGGUGUCUGUGAGUGCCAAGCCCUCCACCCCGAAGGUGUCGGGGCCUGGGGCGAGGUCCACCCCGGAGCAGACAGUGGACUUCAUGUGUGAGUCCCACGGCUUCUCCCCCCGCAACAUCAGCCUGAAAUGGUUCAAAAAUGGGAACGAGCUCCCGGCCUUCCAGACCAGCGUGUACCCCGUGGGAGAAAGCGUCUCCUACCACGUCUCCAGCACCGUCAAGGUGGCCCUGGCUUCCAGCGAUGUGCACUCCCAGGUCAUCUGCGAGGUGGCCCACAUCACUGUGCAGGGAGGCCCCCCUCUCCGUGGUACUGCCAACUUGUCUGAGACCAUCCGAGUUCCCCCCACUGUGGAGGUCACACAGCAGCCCAUGGGGGCAGGGACCCAGGUGAACGUCACCUGCCACGUGGACAAGUUCUACCCCCGGGACAUGCAGCUGAGCUGGCUGGAGAAUGGAAACGUGUCCCGGACAGAGACGGCUUGGACCCUGGUGGAGAACAAGGACGGGACCUACAACCGCACGAGCUGGCUCCUGGUGAACUCCUCCGCCCACAGGGAAGAUGUGGUGCUGUCCUGCCAGGUGGAGCAUGACGGGCAGCCGGCGGUCACCAGAAGCCACACCCUGGAGCAGGGCACAGACACCCGCCUUGGUGAGGCCGCCCCUCCAGCUGGCCUGGCUCUUUUGAAAUUUUAUCUUAACCUCAUCCUUUUUUAUAAAAAAUGUUACAAGUUGUGGUCAUGCAUAUUGAAGAAUUCUCUGGAAAUCUGUAAACAGUGGGCAGAGUUUAAAGUCUGCUCUCUCCUCCAAACCCACACUCCAGGAGUCACCACUGCUGAGUGUGGGACCCAUCCUGAUGGACUCACGUCAGCAGCACAGGACCCCACGUGAGCGGCUCGGUGUUUC